GUCUCCGCCCCUGACAAGCAAAGAGAUCCUGUUGAAGCGAGCAGCAUGGGGAAGGGAAGCCGGGGCUUGGCUCUGUUUGCAUUGGUGGAAUAAAGAGUUGGCGGCUGCCGGAUAGCGUGAGUUUUUAAAUCCCGCUAGGGCUGGUGUUGAGCCGGCUUGGCCAGCGAAACAGACGGCAAGUGGAGUGAAUGCUUGUUCCUCACUGGAUCCACACGCCCCAGUGUAGACCGAUGUUGUGACACAGUGCGAAAGAGGAGGAAACUGAAGGCUGGGCGCAUUAAUGAAGACUGGGACAUGGAAAGUGGACAAAAGACUAUAGCAGCGCUGUAGAAGGACGGGCGAGUCGCACAGAGGUCACAAAGGUACUGGUGGUAGUGGGGAAAUUAUUUAAAUAGCGCUUCUCUCUGAGAACCCGGAGACUCAAAGGAGACAAACACAGAGGUCGAAGAGGACACAGCAAGGACUGGACAGCUAACUGGCAACUGGGAAAACCGACUCGAUUUUUGUUGAAAAAGUCUAUACCCCGAGAACACUCAGGGCAAUACGCAGGCAACAAGUGGCACAAGGUCAUGUAGCUCAUCUGGUGACUUUUUGACCCAUGCAGGAUACAAGGUUUUACACCUAAUGCUGUGCGUUGAGGGUACUAGGAGGGUCGCAGAACCAGGACUGGUUUUCAGUCUGUCUGAUCAAGGUGCCAGCACAUGUCCUAUCAAUGGCAAUUUCCUUGAUCCUGUGAAACCUGUCAAGCUGGACGCCACAGCUAUCAGUGAAACGACCUCGGCUGACGCUCGGUCUGCCUCAGAGACACUUGAUUGCCCAUUUCUAGCCUGCAGCACAGGCUCCAAUGAGGUGCACUAUGUGAGUGAGGCAGUUUGCCCAGAAGAUGCUUCCACCAGUGAUGCACGUAGAGAUGCCUGCACCAUUACUGAUGUGUGCAACAGUACUGACCUUCCAGAAGUUGAAAUCAUCAGUCUACUGGAAGAGCAACUGCCUCAUUACAAGCUAAGAGCUGAUACAAUUUAUGGUUAUGACCACGACGACUGGCUUCACACCCCCCUCAUUUCACCAGAUGUUAAUCUCGAUCUCACCCAUGAACAAAUAGAAGAGACACUGAAAUACAUGCUUCUAUGUGCUGAAAGAGUGGGCCAGAUGACUAAAACAUACAAUGAUAUAGAUGCUGUAACCCGUCUGCUAGAAGAGAAAGAGCGUGAUUUAGAGUUAGCUGCAAGGAUUGGUCAGUCUCUGCUAAAGAAGAACAGGACGCUAACGGAAAGGAAUGGACACCUUGAGGAGCAAGUGGAACAUGCCAGGGAAGAGGUGUCUCAACUCCGUCAUGAGCUGUCUAUGAAAGAUGAGUUACUACAGUUCUACACUAAUGCGGCAGAAGAAAGUGAGAGUGACUCCACUUCCUCCACACCGCUGAGACGGAUUGAGUCUACCUCAUCUGUACAGAAUUAUUUUCAUUUGGAUUCUCUUCAAAGGAAGCUGAAGGAUCUAGAGGAAGAAAAUGUUGUUUUAAGAACUGAGACUUGUCAUCUGCAGACGGAGACCAUUUCCUACGAAGAGAAGGAGCAGCAGCUUGUCAAUGACUGUGUGAAGGAGCUAAGGGACACAAAUCUCCAACUUGUCAAUCUAGCAGAGGAACUGGCAAAGAAGACUGAAGACUCAGCACGACAGCAAGAGGAAAUUACUCAUCUGCUGUCACAAAUAGUCGACUUGCAGAAAAAGUCUAAAGCUUAUGCGGUAGAGAAUGAGGAACUUACUCAACAUCUGGGUGCAGCUAAAGAUGCCCAACGGCAGCUCACAGCUGAGUUGCGAGAGCUGGAGGACAAAUAUGCGGAGUGUAUGGAGAUGCUGCACGAAGCACAGGAGGAAAUCAAGAACCUGCGUAACAAAACCAUGCCAAACAGUGCACCACGACGCUAUCAUUCACUGGGCCUGUUCCCUUUGGAUUCUUUAGCUGCUGAAAUUGAAGGGUCGAUGCGCAAAGAACUGCAGAUGGACACCUCACCUGCACUAGAACAAAGACAUCAGCAGAAACGGGUGUUUGAAACUGUGCGCACAGUGAAUCAAGCUGUGAGACAAAGAUCGCAGGCACCGUCACCAAUGAACAUCCCAGGGUCUAACCAGUCCUCUGCAAUGAACUCUGGCUUCUCAAGCUGUGUCAGCACUCCCAGGUCUAGCUUCUACGGUGGCGACAUCACCAACAUAGUCAUAGACAACAGGACGAACAGCAUCAUUUUAGAAACCGAAUCAAAUGAAAUAGGAACUGAGGACAGUGAUAAGAAGCUAGGGCAGCCAGGGACCCCCGGAUCCAAAGACUUACAGGCAGCUCUCCGGCGCCUUUCUUUGAGGCGAGAGAAUUAUCUCUGUGAGAGGAGAUUUUUCGAAGACGAACGGGAGAGGAAGUUGCAAGAGCUUGCAGAAAAAGGAGAAAUCUCGAGUGGCUCUGCGACGCCAACCGAAAGCAUCAUGUCUCUGGGAACCAACCUGUCUGGGAUAUCUGAUUUCACGAGGUUCUCAGGAAUGUCUUUCAGCAGCCGUUCAUACCUGCCAGAGAAAUUGCAGAUUGUAAAGCCCUUGGAAGGUUCAGCAACUUUGCACCACUGGCAACAACUGGCCCAGCCAAACCUGGGAGGAAUCCUUGACCCACGGCCUGGUGUUGUCACCAAGGGCUUCAGGCCUCUGGAGCUGGACACUGAGCAGGUGUACCAUUUAACAGAUUACGAAGAAGAUGAACCCGGUGACCCUGCUUUCCGGGGCCUAGCUACCUCAACCCCGGUGCAGCACAGGGAGACCUCAGGUGAGAGGUCGAAUGAGCAAGUGCCUGUAUCACGCAGCAAGACGUUAGUGAUGCAGUAUCAGCCAAACAGAGUGGAGACACAGGAGACAGCGGACGGUGAUGAGGCUUCUGUCCACUAUCCUGGUAAAUGUAUGUCACACACCAGCUCCACCUUUACCUUCACAACCUGCCGCAUUCUUCACCCCUCUGAUGAGCUUGCACAAGUCACUUCAAGUGUUCACUCUGCACCUACUCCAGUCUGUGGGAUCUUGAACAAUAUAAAGUCAACUCCAGUUGGUACACCGUGUACACCUCGACGCUUGAGCUUGGCUGAAUCCUUCACUAACCUCCGGGAAGGUACAACCACACUGAGCAUCUCUCUGGGCCUGGUUAAGUUACUGAAGGAGCGAGGGAUCUCAGCAGCUGUGUACAAUCCCUACAGCUGGGACAGGAUGGGCCUUAGCACCACUUCAAACUUCUGCACUCCCAAACCAACCUUUGUACCAUCCACCCCGCCCAACUCGCCAUUGUAUUCCCUGUGCCCAUCUCCGCCUCUGUUUGAAUGUAAGGGCACUUGCAGUCACUAUGACAAUUUCCUGGCCUCCAAGCCAGCCAGUUCUAUGUUAAAGGAAAUGAGAGGCGACAAAGCAGUGAGGCACAGUGAAAGCCAGACAGAUGUGAGCAUCUCCAAAAUCAACCUGGUUGACAAAGUGAAGAGGCUCGGCAUUGCCAAAGUUGUUCAGCCAGGCAUUGUGCCCGUGCAGGAGUCUUCAGUGAUGGAUGACAAUGGACCCCUUCUUAACAGGCCCCCAGGGUCAGUGAAUACUUUUCCCCAGGGCAGUCUGGUGGGUGAGAGUCUCGCAUUAGGCUGCACCCAGGUGGUCACUGGUGCUAUUGGAGGGAUUCAGCUGAACACUGGCAUUCGACGGAAUCGCAGUUUCCCCACUAUGAUGGGUGCCAGCAUGCAAAUGAAGGGACCUGCUCCCAUGAGCUCAGGAAUCCUUAUGGGAGCCAAAAUACCCAAACAGACUAACCUACAAUAAGGGUUAAGCACAGUGUUGGUUGACUACCGAGAAAACUGACUUUCAGUGUUUGAUACAUUGACUUAGUGCCUGAUCGGAAUAGAGCAAACUUUGUAUAAUUAUGUACAUAGAUUUACAGUCUGAAAUUCAUUUAAGCAACUAAUUUAAUUUAAGGUCUUACGUAUACAUAUAUGUAUAUAUAUUAAGGAAGUAGUCUUCUGUGAUUUAAAACAUACACUCACAUUGAAGUGGAUGUUCUAACAUUAACUUUUUAAUGAAGGCAGGUAGAUUGAAUUUUGCACUGUAGAAUGAUUUGACUACACAGUACAAUCGGACACCUUGAGCUGCUUGUACUAACUAUGCAGUCCGUUUCAGUGUCAUCACUGUACCUGUUAUGGACAUGCAGAGGACAUUGUUUUAACUAAUGCACUGUAUUUUAAAGAAAAAUAACUUGUUUCAUUGUAUGAAACAUCAUUUUUAAAGUGUGUGUUUUUGCUAUUAACUUGAAAUGUUGUUUUGACAGCCACAUUUAUUCAUGUACUGAUCUCCUUGUUGAAGGAUAACUAUAGUCUGUAGGUGUGUGCAAUGGAGUAAGAUUAGUUCUAAUAGUAAUUACAGAAUCCAGUGUUUGUGUGACUUUUGUAUUCACUCAAAUUGGUGCACGAUAUGAGGGGAAAGGGAACUUAAAUACAAAAUUCCCAUUUGCACUGUUAGUUGUAAAUACAUGUUGGUGUCAAAACUGUUCACAACCAACAGCCAUCAGGCCCUGUUGAAUCUUGAGUUUAGUUUCUCUGACUGAGGUGACUCGCUGUGGUCUCAAACAUUUAUUCAAUAUAUUUUCGAAACAAAUAAGACUAUUACUGCAUGUGUUUAAACUGCCUCCUUAUGAUUUCUUACUGUGCAAGUUUUUUUAAAAGUGAAUAUUGAGAUUCGGUUUCCAGUUUUACACCGCAAUGUGAAUAUUGGUCCCCAGUGAUUUAAUUUCUCUUAAUUUGAAGCAGGGAGGGGAGUGAGUUUGAAUGUAUUGGAUGAUAAAGCAAGCCUGAUAUGGUUCCCCAUAUUGUAGGUCACUACUUGUCCAUUAGACAUUAUGUUAAAGGAAGAUGCCAAUUGUAAACAUACAAUCAAGGGGAGUUUCUCCACAAAUCAGGCCAUGAAUGUACAGGGACACAAUAACACUUUAAGAAUGGCAUCUAAUGUAAGAGACAGUUUCAACAGUAUCAAUUCAUCCUCAGAGGAGUUGGAAUAAAUCAGUGUAAACUACUUAAAAACUGUGUCUUUUAUUUUAAAGAAAUGGUUCUUGUUUGUCAUGUAUGUAAGAAAGAUCGUUCAUUUAGUUUCCACACUCUUAUCAGGGGAUCAUGUAUAAAACCUAAAACGGGAGUCUCUUGAGGUUCACAAUAGUGAACCUACCUCUAAGCCAAGAGGCCUGGGUUCAUGUCACACCUGCUCCAGUGUGUGUAAUACCAGCUCUGAUUGGGUUGAUUUAGAAAUAUCUGAAAUCUGAUAAGGAACACACUGGUAUCAGAAGUCUAUCAGAGUCUGCUUGAGUGGUGGUUAGGUGAGGACAGAAUCAGUCACUGCUAUCCUGGUCCACCCCCUUCAUCAAUCAGCUUCGUGCUACCUGAACUUCGAAGAAAUUAAAGUGGAUCACAAACAGGGUAAACUCAAGAGGGUGAAUUGGAAUUGGUGGGACAGCUUAUGGAUCAUAACCUGCCAAAUAUCAGCAUCCUGGACAGGAAGAGGGUGUAAGCAGAUUCCACCAAAUGAGCUGAAAGGUAUGCAGUUCCUGAAUUGAAGGUAUAUCUUGCAAAUAACUUGUUGAAACAGCCAAAAUCCUGAAGGGAUUUGGCAGGGUUGUUGUUGAAAGUAUGUUUUUCAUAGUAGAGACUACAACAAGGGGACACUUUUUACAAAUGAGGGAUCUUCCAGUAUUUGUUUUCAUUCAUUCACAUCAUUGGCUUGGCCAGCAUUUAUCGCCCUUCCCGAUUGUCAGUCACAUUACUGAGAGGCUGGAGUUACAUAUGGGCUAGACCAAGUAAGGAUGGCAGACUACCUUCUAAGGGGCAUUAUUGAAGGAGAUAGGGUGUUGUUUACAACAAUUGCAAAUGAUCCCAUAAUUUUUUAUUCCGUUUCUUUGAGUUCAAGUCCCAUCAUCCGCUAUGGUGGGAUUUGAGUCCUAUUGCCGAGAACAUUAUACUGGCAUUCUGGAAUGUUGACAUUAUCACUUUGCCACUGUCAUCUCCUCUGUUCAGACAGAGCAGAGGACAAGUUAUUUGAGAGACUUGGGAGUUUGUGGAACUCUCUUCUCCGGAGACCAAUGGAGGCUGGGUCAUUGAAUACUCAGAAGGCAGAGAUAGGUAGACCCUUGAUCAAGGAGGAAGCUCAAAGUUAUCAAGGGUUGGUGGCAAUGUGGAAUUGAUACCAAAAUCAGAUCAGUCCUGACCUUGAAUGGAGCAGGCUUGAAGGGCUGAAUGGCCUACUUUUCCUAAUUUGCAUCUUUGUAGAAGGCAGGAGGAGGAGGUUAUGACUAACAUCUCUCAUUUUUAGAAGUGCCACUGAUAUCUGUGUAUUCUGGAAAAUUUCUACCCUGAUUCUAAACCAGUUUUUCCUCAUGCAGUUGCUAUCAGACUGUUCUGGCUUUUGGCCUUCCUGCUUUUACUU